ACGUUGGACCGUCGAACCGGCCGGAAACCGGUUUGGAUGCUGGGAUGCCCUAGCCAAAUACCCAACCCAGCAACCUUAGCUCCACAUAACGGCAAACGCGAACCCAUCCCUCCCAUCACCGUCGAGCUCCUCCUUCCUCUCACUGUCAUCGAUCUCACUGCCUCACCUCCUACCAGCUCCCGCCGCCGUCGCUGAAACGAGCUUCGAAGCCACCGUCGUUAUCGUGCAGCUCUGUUCCACCAUCGUGCAGCUACUGUUUCAGCUUUGAAAGCACCGUCGCGCAGCUCUGUUUCAUCGUCGCCGGCGCUAUCUCUGUUCCACCUGUCAUCCCUUUGGUCGUGGACUUGUCCCCCUCUUGCUUAGGAUCUGCUCUGCUUUGUUCUAGGGCUUCUAGCUUCUAGAAAUUGAUGGGGUCUUCAGGCUUGAAUCCUUUGAAACUAAGUGUUGCACGUGAGCUAUGGUUUCCUUCUUGAACGGGAUUUUAUUUUUCCAAAAGAAAUCAUAAGAGAAUUAGGGUUGUGAAUUGUUUAACUGAGUGAUGAGUGUAAAGGUGAAUGUGAAGAUUGAAGUGGACUCAGCGGUGGAUGUCAAGCUAUGCUCACAAGACUCGAAUGAAUUUCAUACCCUUGCGGCGAGCGUAGCUGCUGUGCUCACUCAUCAUUGAUGUUGCGUUCAUCAACAACAGCUUCUCUGCGCUUCUUUCGGCACCAAUCUCAAUUUGGUACUCUUUCUCAUCCCAAACCCUUCCUUUUUCCCAUUAAUCUCUCUUAUACCACUGAUAUUGAUGCCAUCAAAGACAGAUCCCAUCUCCUAUAUUCUAUUAGGAAUCUCCAAAACCUUGAUUCUGCUUUGCAUCUCUUUCACAAGAUGGUUUCCGUAAACCCUUUGCCAUCUGUGAAGGACUUUAAUUUAUUGUUUAGCUCUAUUGUUAAGAUGAAGCAUUACACAGCUGCCAUUUCGUUAGUCAAACACUUUUUCUCCUUAGGACUCAAAUCUAAUAUCUGUACACUCAAUAUUGUUGUCAAUUGUCUGUGCCGUUUGAAUCACACUCCCUUUGCCUUCUCUGUGGUGGGGAUGAUGUUCAAAAUCAGUUUGGAGCCCAAUGUGGUCACAUUUACCACCAUUGUUAAUGGUCUUUGUAUUGAAGGCAAUGUGGAUUAUGCUAUUUGGAUUGUUGACCACAUGAAUAACAUGGGAUAUCAACCCGACGCCCACACGAUUGGAACAAUUAUAAAUGGAUUGUGCAAGAUGGGCAACACCCCUGCUGCCAUUGCCAUUCUAAGGAAGACGGAAACAAGAAACUGCAAACCAAGUGUUGAUGUUGCGGGUUAUAACGCAAUUGUGGAUAGUCUUUGCAAGGAUGGGCUGGUAUCUGAGGCUUUGAGUCUAUUCUCCGAAAUGACAACGAAAGGUGUACAACCCAGUACUAUCACUUACAAUUGCUUGAUUCAAGGGCUGUGUACUUUCAGCAGAUGGCAGGAGGCUGCAUCUUUACUGAGCGAGAGAAAGCAAAAGGGAAUUAUGCCGGAUACACAUACUUUUACUAUUUUAAUGGAUGCUCUUUGUAAAGAGGGAAAGAUUUCAAGUGCUAGAGCCAUACUUGGUCAAAUGGUUCGAUCAGGAGAGGAGCCUAACGUUGUCACCUAUCACUCAAUGAUUGCUGGUUAUUGUUUCCAAAAUCAAAUGGAGGAGGCCAUGAAAGUAUUUGAUUUGAUGGUUCACAAGGGAUGCCUACCAAACGUCAACACUUAUGCCUCAUUAAUCCAUGGGUGGUGCAAGAUCAAAAGGAUUAAUAAGGCUAUCUAUCUCUUGGAUGAAAUGAUCAAUAAAGGUUUAAAGCUGGAUGUUGUGACUUGGAAUACUCUUAUCCAUGGAUUUUGCAAAGUGGGUAAACCAUUAGCUGCUAAAGAAUUGUUUUUUACAAUGCACAAAUUUGGUCAAUAUCCUAAUCUAUCGAGCUGUGCCACUAUAUUGGAUGGCCUAUUCAAAUGUCACUUGUCUUCUGAUGCAAUAUCAUUAUUUCGAGAAAUUGAGAAGAAUAAUUUGGAUCUUAAUAUUGAAAUUUACAAUGUGGUGCUCGAUGGGAUGUGCCGUGCUGGAAAACUGAGUGAUGCGUGUGAACUCUUCUCUUGUCUUCCAACAAAAGGCUUGAAACCUGAUCUAUAUACUUAUACAAUAAUGAUCCAAGGUCUAUGUAGGGAAGGACUUCUGAUUGAUGCUGAAGAGUUGCUGAUGAAUAUGGAAGAGCAUGGCUGCUUGCCAGAUAGCUGCACAUAUAAUGUCUUCAUCCAAGGAUUACUACGACAAAAUGCUGCUCUCAAGUCAAUAAAAUAUUUUCAGAUUAUGAAAGAUAAAGGUUUUGCAGCAAACGCUACAACCGUGGAGUUGCUUGUAGAUUACCUCUCUACACACAAAGGAGAGAAUGUUUUUCAAGAAUUUGUGCAGAAAAUUGUUUGAAUAUAUCAAUAAAACCUCUUAGUUCUAUAUUUGAA